GGCCUCAAGAGCAUCCUGCGCCGGCUGGGCGGCUCGGUCGACACGUCGCCGCCGGUGGCCGAGUCCAGCGUGCAGGGCUACCUGGCGCGUAAACGCAACUUCAUCAAGUCGGUGUCGUUCAACCAGACGACGCCGCCGGGCUCGGUGACCUGCCUCGCGGGACAUGCUGCCCGAUGUGACGUCACAGACGCCUCAGGCGCAAGCGCCCAGCCCGCCCGGCGACCUGCUCGCCGAGAUUCGCAGCCUGCUCCACGAGAAGCUGACGGAAAUCCACGAAUCGCUCAAUGCCCGGAUGGAGUCUCUGGAAAACGAGAUGAAGGAGCGGGACCGCAUUCUCCAGGAGAUCUGCUCACGGCAACAGUGUCAGGAGCUGACGCCCGCCUCCAGCGAGACAGCGUCCUCGCCAGACAGCACCAGUGACCAGACCUGCUUCACGACUUCACAGCGCGUGCCGCGGUCCUGUGUCUGCCAGAGGUCGGACUCGGUGGACUCGGUCGUGCCGCGGCUUGACCCGUGUCGGCCGCGGCAGAAGUCGUGGCCUUACGAGCAGGAGGCGGCCGACACCGGGUCCGCGCCGGCCCGCCAGUCGUGGCACUGCCGCACCAGUAUCGUGGAGGACAUGCAGCCGGACGAGCUGUGGAAGCUGGAGUUCAUGAACCGCAGUCGGGACCACACGGUCGUGGAUGUCGGUUUGUCCGACUCCGAUCAGGCUGCGUCCGACGCCAGCGCCUCUGCCGGCGGACAGCCUAACGACUGGGAGGUACAGAUGCUGGUGGCCGAGAUGGACCGGUCAGAGCGACAGCAGCGGCGCAGUCUGGUGCCGGAUCUCACCUUCUCCGAACUGGAGCUGCUCGGUCGACUGGAGGGUGGUCGGCCAGCACGCUCCACCGUCGGCCGCAUGGCCAGCAUGGACGCCGUGCACGUGGCCGGCCAGGCCGAAAGGUGUCGCCUCGGUCGCAACGCCAGCCUGCGCGAGAGCUCGAGCUCGCGGCGUCGGCCGCUCCGCAAGCGCGAGCUGGUCACCACCAUGUCGGACACGGCCGGCGCCUCGUUCAACAACAGUCGCGCCCAGCACAGACCCCUGCUUCAAGGCGUCAAUGGUGACUCCAGUCGCGACAGCUCGCCCGCCACCAAGGGGCGCGCCAGCGGCUCCAAUCCUAGUCAAGUGGUGGAGUCGGUGGCGCUGUAGAUGGCGCUGUGUGGCCUGUGUGAACUAUGGAGCGAUGCUGCAGUUCAAAACUCGUGCGUGGAUCGCCGGGGGUUUCUCUGAGGCCUGAACGUGGAAAUCGCCUGCUACAUGGCAUUACUAGGACAGCAUGAAGUGGUCUAGAGAAUAAAAGUAAUUAUCGGGUAAACUUGAAAUCCUUUACUAGAACUUAUUCUCCAUGAUAUACGUGAGUGCCAAUGCAUGCAGUAUUUUAUCAUACUGAUUAUUCUACAGUCGCGUCGAUAAGAGUGCAAUAUGGCGCCGAAUGACAUCACACUGGUUUUACGAGGUUGAUAUAGCAAGGCGCAGGUCAUUCGCAGCCUUCAGUCGACUGUGUUACGACGCCGUCUGGUCACCCGGUGAUGUGUGCGACAAGUGUUAUGAGAUUUGUCCGUGCUGAUGCGAGCUGUGAUGCGGAUGCUGCAUUCACAGGGGAUAACAACGCUUGACCAUUUCCGCAAACGAGUCAAUGUGGAAUGAGUUUUUCGAGUACCGAGAUGUGCGCAUGUUGAAACAUGCUGCGAGGUACAGCAAUGCGAACACGAAUCUCAUGCUGUCAGCUCAUUCUUGAUUUAAGUAAUGCGUGUUGUCUGGUAAUAACUUGUGUGUGAUUCUCAAUUGUGUCGACACACGGCAUUGUUUUGUUCUCGAUCGUGUGUGCUGUGGUCAGUAUUAUUUCGUUGCAGAUGCAGCUCCGUACAGUCCAUUUCAUAAGUGCGACGAUUUUUCAGUAAAAAAUAAAUCACCAACAUGA